CAGAAAUUACUGACAGUAACGAAUGUUAAACUGUUAAGAUGGCGGCCUCCACGGAAAAAAUAAAUGUCAGAGAAUUUCUGUCGAAAUGGGACAAUGAUGUGUAUCAUACAUGUGCAGAAGAGUCGAAAUCCGAUGUGGAAACAUUGACCAAAAAACUUAAAAUGAGUGCCGAAAAUGUGAAGGAACUUGAAAACGUGUGCAGUUUAGACCUGCUUGAACCAGACACAGAGGAAAGACAUCUCUAUGACAAAUGGGAGUACCUGGAAAAUAUUCCUGGUGAUGCAAAACUCAUGUGUGUUAGGUUUCAAAAACAAGAACUAGAGAGGAGAAAUCAAAAUUCUGCGCACCUGAUUGCAGUUUACAGAAAAUUUAAAUACAGACAGACAGACGAACACUUGAUGUAUGACCCAGGACCUGAUGGGAGCAAACUUAAAGACAUACCAGAGGAUUGCAGAGUUAUCUACCCUGAUGUGGUAUUGACUGUUCAUAUACAUAGACCAAGUAAAGUUAAAAUGGCUAAAAAGCUUUAUGAGGAACAAGGAAAAUAUGAAGCGCCAUUUUUGUCAAACACACUACUGGUGCUUGGGCGUCAGAAGUUGACAGACCUUCGGGAUAUGGUUAGAUGUGUACAUGAUCUGACAGUAGCUGGAGAUAUGAGUGAAAACCCAGACAUGGAUUGUCAAGUAUAUGCAAAGGAUGUGUUCAAAUCUGGUUUCUUCUUCAUAAAUGAUGUGUUUUACAAUGACCUGAGAGAAGAUGAUGCAAGAGAUUAUAGCAAGGAGAUUAGAGAGUGGGCAAGUCAGCCACCAAGAAACAAGAAUUAUGAGACCAAAAGGAUGGAAGACACAACAUUCCUUGACCUGACAGUGAAACUUGGUGCACCAUAUCUCUACAUGCAUCAGGGAGACUGUCAGCAUUUACUUGUAUUUAGUGAUAUAAGACUGUUGACGACGGAGGAGCCUCAGGAUCUGCGCAUGUAUCCAUACAUGAUAGGAAGAAGUAACAGACAUCGUACCCUGUGUAGAGUUUGUGGCAACCAGGCAGCAAGGUGGAUAACAUAUAACAGCCAGUUUACGCCAGAAAAUCCAUGCUUCUUCUGUGACUUGUGUUUCCGCUGUCUAAAUUAUGACUCGAACAAUAAAAAAAUCGGAAAUUUUGAGGCGUACAGAUAUUUCGACCAUCAUGCUAUAGUUUGAGUGGAAUCUUUCUGUGUUAUGGUGAUUUGUUUCACGUUUUAAGUGGAAUCUUUCAGUCUUCUGGUGAUUAUUUCAUGUAUAUAAUGGUUUUUCAACUGUUUUUAACAGUAAAAUUGUUAUGAUUUAAUUUCAGUGUUAAGAAAUAACACUUAAAAAUAAUAGGAAAUUCUUACGAGAAAUAAAUGUAUGUCUGACUGACCAUCAAGAAAAUAAAGACAGGCCAUUAUAUUAAAAUGGACAGAAAUCUGUGAAAUUGUGUGAAUAUUCUAGGAAGGUGGUAAUAAGUUGAUUUACACCAUUGAAAGGACAUGAAAUCUAAAGACUGCUUGUUUGUACCAAAGGGAAGGCCAAAGUAUCAUUCACUUAUGAAUGUGCUAAUUGUGAGAACAUUACAAUAUUUUAUUCAUUGAAUUAAAUGUCAUAAAGUGCACUUGCAAAAUGUCAAUGCUCUUACAAAGCUGUCCUCUCUCCUUUAGGGAAGAGAGUUGAGAGCUGUUCCCCCCAUCAAUUUUUUGUGCAGAUGUGACUACCAGCAAAAAUAUCUAUAUUCUGCAUUGUUUAAAAAUCAGACAGAAAUGAGGAGAAAUUUUCAUGUCCGGCCUUACAGGAGAAAUGUUCAUGGCCUUAUGGCAGAAUUUUUCAUGGCUUUACAGAAACCAGAGAAACUGUGAAUAUGCAAGCUGUAAAGAAUGGAUUGUGCAAGUUGAGACCAUGUAAUUCAGAAACAGAAUCUUCAUACUGUAGCUGAAUUUACUGUGUAUGUAAUAUUCAGAUGAAGAAACUUGCAUGCACAAAAACUGAUAAUGUGAAAGUAUUAGUAAGCACCUUAAAUUUGAAUAAACAGAUUGGAAAUAG